CUUUUCUUGGUCCAAAUUUGACAUUCAACAUUCAAUGUAUUUGCAGGUUUGGGGAUCCCUGGUAUCAGUUUGACGAAUUCAACAUUAGAAAUUUCGAUUUUCUGUUUAAUAGUAAUAGUAAGAAACUACCAGAUGCGAAAACAUUAGAAAGACAACAUUUUUGCUUUUUUGCUUAUAAUUUUCAAGGGAAAAUGAAGCAGAUGAGUUUGUUUCCAAUACUCAGUUUUGUCGUCAUAAGCUUUGGCGUUGCUUCAGUUUCAGCACAAAUAUGUUUGAACAAUGGGAACUUCAGCUCCAACAGUACCUUUAACGCAAAUCGUCGUAUCAUUCUCUCUUUUCUUCCGUCCAAUGUCACGACUCAAGACGGCUUCUAUUACAACGGUUCCAUUGGAGAAGGACCGAACCGGGUCUACGCAAGAGGGAUGUGUAUCCCUGGAUCAACUGCAGAUGACUGUUCUGAUUGUAUCAAGACCGCGUCUGAUGGUUUGGUACAGAGUUGUCCCAACCAAACAGAAGCGUAUUCAUGGCCAGGUGAUCCCACUCUCUGCCUUGUCAGCUACUCCAACACUUCUUUCUCAGGAUCUGUAGAUUCAGACGGGCGUGUAAUAUUCACUAACACUGGAGAUAUAACCUCAAAUAUAACAAAAUUCACGGAAAUAUGGGAAGACUUGGUUGUUCGUAUGAUUGAUAUAGCUUCUGCACCAAAAGACACACCAUCCUCAAGUAAUAACUAUUAUACAGCUAAUAUUGCAGCCUUAAACCCUUUCCAAGAUAUAUUUGCAUUGAUGCAAUGCACGCCGGAUCUUUCUUCUGGUGAUUGUGAAUAUUGUCUGCGACAAAGCGCAAGGGACUACCAGUCAUGCUGUGGUAAGAAGCAAGGAGGCGUUGUUAUGCAGCAGAGCUGCUUUUUCCGUUGGGAUUUGUAUGCAUACUCUAAGGCUUUUGAUAAUAUUAUGGUGGCUUCUCCUCCUCCUAUGACUAUACGGUCCACACCACCAUCCGCAGGCGCGCCGGCUAACCAAAAUGACAAUAGGCCCAGUAAUUCUCAUGACCGAAAUAGAAGAGGAAUCUCUACAGGAAUUGUUGUGGCGAUUACGGUUCCAACUGUUGUUAUCGUUUUGAUAUUGUUCUCUCUUCGAUUUGUUCUUUGUCUGAGGAGAACGUCACUGCAAAGAACUAAAUACGAAUCUGAUACUGAUAUUUCAACUACAAAUUCGUUGCAAUACGAAUUUGAGGCAAUUGAAGCUGCAACUAAUAAGUUUUCAGUGAGUAAUAAGCUCGGUGAAGGUGGAUAUGGUGAAGUUUACAAGGGUAAGUUGCCAAAUGGAACUGAAGUCGCAGUGAAGAGGCUCUCUGAAAUGUCAGGACAAGACACAAGAAAAUUCAGAAACGAGGUUGUACUUGUAUCAAAACUUCAACAUAAGAAUCUGGUUAGGCUUUUUGGGUUCUGUUUACAAGGAGAUGAAAAGAUUCUGAUCUAUGAGUUUGUCCCAAACAAAAGUCUUGACUAUUAUCUAUUCGAUCCUGAAAAGCAAGGUCAGCUAGACUGGACUCGGCGAUACAAGAUCAUUGGAGAGAUUGCUCAAGGGAUUCUACAUCUUCAUCAAGAUUCACAUCCCACAAUCAUAUACCGUGACUUUAAAGCCAGCAACAUACUUUUAGAUGCAGAUAUGAACCCAAAAAUAUCAGAUUUUGGAAUGGCCACAAUUUUUGGAAUGGAGGAGACUAGAGGCAACUCCAAAUGGAAUGCUGAAACCUUAAUUUACAUGUCUCCGGAGUUUGCUAUGCAUGGCAAAUUCUCCAUGAAAACUGACGUGUAUAGCUUUGGAAUCUUGAUUCUUGAGAUUAUAAGUGGCAAGGAGAAUAGCUAUCUCUAUCAGAUAGAUGAAAAUACUACUGCUGGAAACUUGGUCACCUAUGUUUGGAGGCUUUGGACAAGCGGUUCACAACUAGAGCUAGUGGAUCCGGCCAUGCGAGGGAAUUAUAAGAGUAAUGAAGUCGCGAGAUGCAUCCAUAUUGCGCUCUUAUGUAUUCAAGAAAAUCCAGAAGACCGCCCAAUGCUAUCAACAAUCAUCACAAUGCUCACCAGUAACACAACCAUUCUUCCAGUUCCUCGCCUACCAGGAUUUUUCCCGCAAAUCAGGCACAACUAAGUGAUUUAGAGCCAAGCCAAUACAUGAAGUCUUUUCCUAGCUCAGUUCACAAAAGAUGAUAUGAAGAAAAGUCAUCAUAUUAGAAAUGUUAUAACAUAUAUAUGCUCAAACGAUAUUUGAUUUAUUACCCCACUAAUAAGAAGCAUUGUACGUUUUUAUGCAGUGAUUUGUAAACUUUAUAACCCUACACACAUGUAUGUAACUUGGUUUUAUAAUAGCCGGUUCAGUGGGAUCAAUUUUUAAA